AUGGAAAGAUCGAAAGUGACGAAAACUAUUGCUGCUGGAAGCAUAGCUCCACAUCCCAUUUUUGACAUCAUUGAACCCGCUCAUCCUUGCAUUUCUUAUCCACAAAAAUCAACAGUUAGAGACGCAUCUUUUUCUUCUUAUCUCAGUCCGACGCCAGAGCAGGUUAAUCAAGUUGAUGAUUCUGAGAUAAGUAUUUUCGAUGCACAGAAGUACUUCAAUGAAAGUGGCGGUGACCCCAAGUUGAGCAAGAGAGUUUCUCCAGUUAAUGCUAAUCUUGAACGCAUAUCCGAGCGAUAUGAUUUCUCUUCGGUUCCAAGAUUCUCUUCUGCUUCAUCUUCAGUGGAUGGUUAUGGCAGGAAUUAUAGAGCUCGUUCUUUCCACGCAACACCCACCGCUUCAUCUGAAGCUAGUUGGAAUAGCCAGAUUGGUUUAUUGUCAAAUCCACCGGGUGCUAUCCCCGUCUUGAUGCGAAAUCCACCUCGAAAUGAUGACAAGAAAAAAGGGUGUGGCACAAAAUGGCUUCUUGGGAGAAAAUGCCCAUGUUCAGGUAAGAAAUCUGUUCAAGUUGAGGAAAAGAAAUCAGAACCAAGAACCCCAUCGCGCAUGAGCCACGCUAAAGUCUCUUUGGAUCUCAAAAAGCAGAUUCAGAUUCCUACCACUGUAGAAAAUCCUAUUGAAAAAAGUUUGGCUACACCGGACUGGCUCGAAAGACGUGAAGUAAUCCCUAGUACUCAUAGAAUCUCAGCAGACAGCAAGCUCGAAAGACGUGAAGUGAUUCCUAAUACUCAUCGAAUCUCGGCAGACAACAACCGAUUUCCUUCAGGCUUAAGCCACCAACGAGUAGUGGCCUCAGCAAGACCGUUUAGUACUGAUACUACUGCUGGGUUCAGUUUUCCUAUACUGAGCCAAACCCCACCUCCUAUAAAACUGGUGUUGCCAUCAACUACUCCUCCUCUUGAGGAUCCACCUCGUGAUUCUUUGGAAGUUUUUCGGCCAGCUGAUGAUCCUAUUCCAACCAAGUCAAUUUCUGAUCUUCAUCGACGUCAAAGCUUCACGGCUAUAGACGAUGAUAUGGCAAGUGAUGCUAGUUCAGACUUGUUUGAGAUUGAGAGUUUCUCAACGCAAACAACAUCAUAUGCAAUGUAUCCUAAUCGUCGCGAUUCCCUUGACGAUGCUUCAAGCUUCAACGCAAGGCGAUUAGCUGCAACGAAUGGAGGGAAUCUGUACUGCAGACAAAGCCUUGACGAACCUAGAACACCAUCAAUUGCACCAACAGAAUGUUAUGAACCCAGCGAAGCCAGCAUAGACUGGAGUGUGACAACAGCAGAAGGGUUUGAUAGAGGAAGUGUCACAAACUUCUCAGUUAGUGCAUCAGAAGUUGAUGAAAUGACAAUGAUGCGCGGCCGGGAGUAUGAAAAGAAUAGUAGUGGUGGCGGCGGCGGCGGGGGUGGUGGGAAGAAGAGAGGAGGGAAUGGAGGGUUGUUGAUGAGUUGUCGGUGCGAGAAGGCGGUAAGUGUAGGGCCGCAUCCGGUAAAAUGUGUGCUUACAGAGGGACAAAGGGUAACAAGUUCCACAAUGAGGCAUGUGGGAAGUAGGCCAGGUAUUAUGAACAAACCACCACUUGCUAGGUCUCUCUCAGCUCGCUUGUCUUUACCUUUUGCAACGUAG